GUCCCGGACGCGGGGCGUCCCUCCGCCGCCAUGGCCAGGCUGUUCCGCACGCUCGUCAUCUUCGGCGGCUUCGCGGCCGUGGUGGGGGCCGCCUUCUACCCCAUCUACUUCCGGCCGCUGCUGCUGCCCGAGGAGUACAAGAGAGAACAGUCAAUAAACCGAGCUGGUAUUGUUCAAGAGAAUAUCCAGCCUCCAGGGUUAAAAGUGUGGUCUGAUCCAUUUGGAAGAAAGUAAUGUUGCCAGCGUGGUGCAUUUCAAGGUAGAACUGAAGAUGAACUUCAAUUAUUUCUUCGUACACUGAAGUAUGCCUUUGGGCGUCGCUGGAGAAGAUUUCUGAUUAUGCUGUGUGGGCAUAUGAGGAGCAAUAAAUGCUACUGGUUGGAAAGCCAAGAGGAGGAAACAUCCCAGUUUUGGCAGGGUGCUGUGGCACAAUGGACAGACUGCUAGAGAGGUGACUGUUUCUUGUGUUAAGAAGUAAAAUAUUUACUUCCUUGAGAAAAAGGAAGAAGAAUUAUUUUUGUGGUUAAUCUGUAAACAUUUGGAGAACAAAUUAUGAAUAGACUAAAUUAUGCAGACCACUGCAGUUUCCUCCCUAGUUUGAAAAUUACUUUCUGUGGUUUAAUUGUGAAAACAUGAUAGAAGUUUAUACUAAGAGAGACUGGUGAAGAUUUGCUCUCUCUUAGGCAGAAUAUAACAUGGUGAGUGAGAAUUUGUGCAUUAAAAUUUCUUCCAUUCAAA